UUCAAAUCCAAGUUCUCUUUAUUUCAGACAAAACCCCAUUAAUCUCUGAGAUUUAGAUACUGUAAUAAUCCAAGUUCUCUUUCUUACAUGUUGAGUUGGAGAUGGCGAAUAAAGGAGCUAAUGCGGUUGUGUUGUUCGUGUUUAUGUUCUUCACUCUUGUUUUGUCCGAAUCCGACCAUGGCGAAGAACUCGAGCUGCUUUUGUCUUUCAAGUCUUCAAUAAUCCACGACCCUUCUGGUUUCUUGUUGAACUGGGAUCCCUCCGCCGCCACAUUUUGCCAAUGGCGCGGCGUCGGUUGCAACAAUAUGUCCCAUGUCGAAACACUCGAUGUUUCAGCAAAAAACCUGUAUGGGAUUUUGGUUUCCUCGUCGGUUUUCCGUUUACCGUUUGUGAAAACAGUAAAUCUCUCGAGCAAUCGCUUCUCCGGUGAAAUCCCACGGGAUAUCUUUUCUUCAACCUCUUCAAUUCGAUUCCUCAACAUGAGUAACAAUAAUUUCACUGGUAAAAUCCCAAGUGGUUUCAUUCCAGACCUUGAGGUUUUAGAUCUUUCAAACAAUAUGUUUUCCGGGAAAAUUCCGGAAGAAAUCGGAUUAUUCUCCGGCUUCAAGUUUCUUGAUCUUGGUGGGAAUGUUCUUUCCGGGAAAAUUCCGAUCUCGAUAACAAAUGUCACCGCUUUGGAAUACUUAACUUUGGCUUCGAACCAAUUAGUUGGCCAAAUUCCACAUGAAAUAAGCAAGAUGAUGAACUUGAAAUGGAUAUAUUUGGGCUACAACAAUCUUUCUGGGGAAAUUCCGAAAGAAAUUGGUGGUUUAACUUCGUUGUAUCAUCUUGAUCUUGUUUACAAUAACUUCACCGGCGAAAUCCCAUCUUCGAUCGGAAACCUCCGUGAUCUUAAGUAUCUUUUCCUUUAUCAAAAUAAGCUUACUGGAACAGUCCCGAACUCCAUUUUUGGUCUUGAAAAGCUUGUUUCUCUUGAUCUUAGUGAUAAUUCAUUAUCCGGUGAGAUCCCAGAGCUCAUAAUCCAGCUCCAAAACCUGGAGAUUCUUCAUCUGUUUGGCAACAGAUUUUCCGGAAAAAUCCCAAAUGCUUUAACUUCAUUGCCUCAUCUUCAAGUUCUUCAGCUUUGGUCCAAUAGAUUCUCCGGUGGGAUUCCUCGAAGCCUUGGACGACGUAAUAAUCUCACCGUCCUCGAUCUCUCCACCAAUAAUCUCACCGGUCGAAUACCCGACGGAGUUUGCAGUUCCGGUCGUCUUUUGAAGCUCAUUCUGUUCAAGAACAAGCUCGAAGGUGACAUUCCGAUGAAUUUAAGCACUUGCGCCAGUUUGCAGCGUGUUCGGCUUCAGAACAAUCAUCUCUCCUGUGAAUUAUCCUCAGUUUUCACAAAGCUGCCUUCGGUAUACUUCUUGGAUGUCUCGAACAACAAUCUUUACGGCGACAUAGGAGACCAAAUCUGGGACAUGCCGUCACUCGAGAUGUUGAGCUUGUCGGGAAACAGGUUUUCCGGGAAGUUGCCUCACUCAUUGAUCACCCCGAAGCUCGAGUUCUUGGACUUGUCUGGAAAUGAAUUUUCCGGGACUAUUCCUCCACGUUUCGGGACCUUACCGGAGUUAAUACAAUUAAGCUUAAGUGAAAACAAGCUGACAGGUGAAAUCCCAGAUGCAUUAUCUUCAUGCAAGAAGCUUGUGUAUUUAGACUUAAGCCAUAACCAACUAAUCGGCCAGAUCCCACCUUUUCUCACGGACAUGCCGGUUCUCGGCCAUCUUGACUUGUCAGAGAAUGAAUUAUCCGGUGAAGUUCCGGCGAAGUUGGGGAAAACGGAAUCAUUGGUUCAAGUGAAUAUCUCUCACAAUCAUUUAACCGGCGCUUUACCUUCAACCGGAGCCUUUCUAGUUAUAAACGAAAGUGCAGUUAUUGGCAAUGAUCUUUGCGGCGGCGGUUUGCCGCCAUGCAAGAAGCUUAAGAACCGAGCUUGGUGGGUUCUUAUUGCUUGCUCUCUCUCUUCUUUACUGUUCCUUGCCGUUGCUUCGUUUGGGUUUUUGUUCAUCAAUGGAAGAAACGAUUUGAAGCUGAAAAGAAUCGAAAAUGAAGAUGGAUCAAUCUGGGAAUUGCAGUUCUUCGAUUCCAUGGCUUCGAAAUCAGUAACGAUCCAUGAUAUUACACUUUCUGCAAAAGAUGAAGCCAUUUCAUUCAAAGGGAAGUCAUGGGUUUCAAAUGAUUUCCAAUUCAUCGUCAGCUCAAUUCCGUCAAGAUUUUGGUCUGAACUCACCGGAAUCGACAAGCUCCAGCACCCGAAUAUCGUUAAGUUGAUCGGAAAGUGCCGGUCGGAGAAGAGUGCGUAUUUGCUUUACGAGUACGUAGAAGGGAAACUUCUAAGUGAAAUCCUUCGCAAUUUAAGCUGGGAAAGGCGCCGGAAAAUUGUUAUCGGGAUCGCGAAAGCUCUACGGUUUCUUCAUUCUUAUUGUUCGCCGAGCGUACUCGUCGGAGAUAUGUCGCCGGAGAGAAUUAUCGUUGAUGCAAAAGAUGAACCUCGGCUACAAUUCAUCCUUCCUUGCACCGGAAACAAGCGCUUCUUUUCUUCCCCGUACAUUGCACCGGAAGCCAGAGAAAUCAAAGAGAUGAAUGAAAAGGCUGAUAUCUACGGCUUCGGACUAGUUAUGAUCGAAUUAUUAACGGGGAAAGCCCCAUCAUAUUCUGAACUUGGAACCACAGUUGAGUGGGCUCGUUAUUGCUACUCAGAUUGUCAUCUUGACACGUGGGUUGAUCCCAUCAUCAAAAACCAUGCAUCCAUCGACAACCACAACCAGAUCGUCGCCGCCAUGAAUCUCGCUCUCCAUUGCACGGCCGCUGACCACACGGCUCGGCCGUGCGCGGCCGACGUAACCAAAACCCUACAAUCCGUUUUCAGAACAAGCUAUGGUCUCCCGGGGCUUACGUUUCCUUCACAUGUUUAGGGUUUUCACAUUUUUUUCCCUGUUUUGUUUUUUUUGUUUUAGGUUGAUUUUCUUUUUGGUUUC